AGCAGCAGCAAGCCGCUGGACUUUACUGUGAUUAGUGUUGUGGGGGGUUGGGCAGCGCUGGCAUUUCAUCGAAAGCUUGAAAGUUUACUGAGUGACAACACAAGGCAGUGGCUUUUAAUGAAACAGCUCAGAUGAAUAAGGCGAGACUGAUUGACAAGGAACAGAAACAGAAAACCAGCUGUCCGUUUGUGUGGAUAUCACAAUGGCACCUGCUGUUGGAGGACCUAUUGGAUACACUCCUCCCGAAGGAGGCUGGGGUUGGGCGGUGGUGGCUGGUGCCUUCAUCGCUAUUGGUUUCUCCUAUGCCUUCCCCAAGUGCAUCACUGUGUUCUACAGAGAUAUUGAACUAGUCUUCAAUGCCAGCACAAGCCAAGUGUCCUGGAUCUCCUCUAUCAAUGCAGCCUUCGUUUAUGCUGGAGGUCCAAUCAGCAGUAUCCUGGUGAAAAAGUAUGGCAGUCGUCCUGUGAUGAUACUAGGGGGCUGCCUCUCAGGAGCUGGACUUAUCGGUGCCUCUUUCUGCAACUCAGUGGAGGCGUUAUAUUUCUAUGUGGGUGUAGUAGGAGGUCUCGGACUUUCAUUCAAUCUCAACCCAGCUCUUAUAAUGAUUAGCAAAUACUUCUACAAGAGAAGGCCUUUUGCUAACGGAAUUGCCAUGGCUGGUACUCCAGUAUUUCUGGCCAGUCUGGCCCCGAUAAACAGCUGGUUUUAUGACCAGUUUGGCUUGAGAGGCAGCUUUCUAAUCCUGGGUGGGAUUCUGCUCAACUGCUGUGUUGCAGGAUCUCUCAUGAGGCCCAUUGGGCCCAAGCCCCAGCCUGCUGUGGAAGAGCCUGAAGCUUCAGCUGAGAAGAAGACUGUGGUGGAAGUUAUCAAUAGUUUCAUUGAUCUGUCUCUGUUCAAACACCGUGGAUUCCUCCUCUACCUCCUGGGAAAUGUUACCUUGUUCUGUGGCGUCUUCACCCCCCUCGUAUUCCUCAGUAAUUAUGCCAAGACCAGGGAUAUCCCAAACGAUAAGGCUGCAUCUCUGCUUUCAGUGCUGGCCUUGGUGGACAUGGUGGCACGGCCCUCAAUGGGAACUGUGGCCAACACCAAAUGGGUGCGUCCCCGGGUGCAGUAUUUCUUUGCAGCUUCUGUCCUGUUUAAUGGUGUGUGCCACCUGCUUGCACCUCUUGCAAUGGACUUUUCAGGUUUUGUAAUCUAUUCAGCUUUCUAUGGGUUUGGGUUCGGGUGGAUGAGUUCUGUGCUUUUUGAGACGCUGAUGGAUCUGGUGGGAACAGAACGCUUCUCCAGUGCUGUGGGGCUGGUGACCAUUUUGGAGUGUGUGCCAGUGUUACUUGGCCCACCCUUGUUGGGAGCAUUUAAUGACAUCUACCGCGACUACAAAUACACUUACAUAAGCUGUGGAAUAAUCCUAUUGGUUGCAAGCUUGUUCCUCUUUGUUGGCAUGGGCAUCAACUACAGGCUGCUGGAUAAAGAAGCAGAGGAGAAAGCUAAAAAAGCCCAGCUGAAAGGAGCGGAAGACGAAUCCACCACAGAGAGUGCAGCCAAAACGACUGGCAAUGAGGAGACAGUGACACAGAAAGCUGAGAGCUGAGAGCUGAUUCCAAAACUGCUGGAGUACACUAAGUAAUCUAGUCUAUGAAUGACUGGCCUGGCAUGCAAGAAGAGAAUUCACUGAAACAGAAAACAGACACUAGUCUUUUUAUCAUUAUUGCACUCUCACUGCUAUGAGCAGAGGAUGCUCUUAUACAGACACAACAUAUUUUUGUUUUUUGUUUUUUGUAAUGGGAUUUGUGCAUCAGGAUUGAUAAAUAUGAGGUAGAAAUAAACUAGAUUAAAAACACCAGCAUCUUCACUGAGACAAAGCUUAUUUAAAAUGGACUGAGACUGAAAAUGAAUCAAAUUUGGAUACGUUUUUUUAGAUGAUUAAAUGAGCUUUGCCUCAAAGAAGAUUGUGGGGUUUCUAGAUUGUAUUGGCAAAUGGCAUCUUUUUGCAUGAUACAGCUUCAACUUUUUGCAUUUGUAUUUGAAAACAAAGAUUUUUGAAGUGUUCUUGAGCCCAUCCAGUAAUUACAAUUAUAGAAUCAUGCCUGUUUUUUAUACUUCUGCCUGAGGGCCCGAAGAUCACCAGUAUCCAAAACUGACCGUCAACCUAGCCCCUUGUAUCUGAAGAAUUUCUCUAGAUUCUCUGAAUAUGUUUUCUGUGUUGUAUUUUGAAUAAAAUAUGGGUCUACAAGA